AUGUUUCGCUCAUCAGCCAAGGACUGGCAGAGAAAAGAUACAUCUAAACACGGCUCAAAGUCCUCUUCAAAGCCAAGCUCUUCCUCAAAACCCACCAGGAACUUUACUGAACUCCAACAAUGGUUUGCCAUUCUCAGCAAUGAAAACUCAUCAAGCGCCUUGACGAGAAGUGAGAAUUUCAAACCCAACAACAAGUACUACAUCGAAGACACCGGGACCAAGGGAAGUUUCAAAUGGUCUGUAACAGAAAACGAUACCAUAAAGUUCCGGCUCAAAGUGCACGAUGAAAGUACCCAAGAAGUUGUGGCCACAGUGACCAUGCCCUUCACGGGCGCAGGAUAUCAUACCAGUUACCAAAGAAAUCCAGUCUUCAAGGGUUUAACCGAGGAUGAUCAGGAGUCGCGACAUCAUCCCGAGGACCACCGACAUCGGUUUAGAGCCAGUCAGUUGUUUGGGGAUGAGGGAAUAAAUACGAUAGAUGUUCGGGGACCAACGAAAGAAUUUUCUACAAUACGGAUAGAUGAUGGUGGUGGAGAGCGACAAUCUGUUUAUAAAGGUUUCCGGUUUUUGCUUUCAGACUCGCUAUCGCUUGGGCGGGGGUUCAGAAUUCAUAUCAAGACAGAAGAGCCAUAA